AUGAAAUAUUCUUACUAGCAAUCACUUUAACAUAUGCUUAUCCCAUACAUCAUAUGUGGAGUAGUAUGGAUUCCCCUUUCGAAAUUUGUCGAAACCUUCUACCAGGAUUAAUUGAUCUCUUAAUUCAUUGUCGAUCUCAUAGCAACAUUGAUUGUUUUUGUUUAAUCCAUAUUAAUCAAAAAUUCCUCAAUUUAUGAUCUCUACUGGCAUAUAAUUCCUAUGUAUUUUACAGCAUAUUGGUGUUUUGAUAGUAAAACAUGGUGGCCAGUCAUAGUUUGCUUUUUUUAUUGCAUAAAGCAAGACAUAAGUUAUUUUAGAUUUUGGCCAGGUCUUACAUAUGAAGACUUUAGUUUUAUUUAUUGGAUAUUCAGUUUAGUUUCAUUUCACAUUUAUCCUACGAUCAUUGUAUAUUUGGGAUACAUACCCCUAUAUUACACCAUUAAGGAAACCUAAGAGCACAAUAUGUUAUAUGAAAUAGGAUUACUAAUAUCUAUAAUUGCUGUGAUUAUCUAAUGGAUUGCAGAUUAUUAAUUAUAUCCCUAUAGAACAAAACAAAUAAAAGGAGAUUGUGAGACUGGACUAUGGAAAUAUUCUAGACAUCCUAAUUACUUUGGAGAAUGUCUAUUUUGGUGGGGAAUGUACAUAGCGGUAUUAUCAUUUGGAAUGCAAUAUUGGUAUUGGGGAAUCGGGGCACUUGGAAUCCAGAUCAUGUUUUUAGCCUAUUCAAUUCCAAACAUGGAGUAGCAUUUAUUAAAAAAGAGACCUUCUUAUAAGAAAUAUCAAUCUGAGGUUAGUUGUUUUAUUCCUUGGUUUAGAAAGAAUUCUAAAACUAAUUGAGAUAUAUGUUAAUAUAUAUGAUCUAAAUAAAUUAAGGAUCUAUUAUUCUU